CAUUUUAUUAAAUGUAUAAAAGAAUUGUCCGAAAUCGCAUAAGGCAAAAGAAAAAAAAACGCAUUUAUCACACAAAAUGGUUGAAUGUCUGGGAUACAAUUUUAAACAUUACAUGUCUGUAGCAAAGAUAAAGUUAUCACAGGAAAAGAACUUGUCACUUUAACCUGGUUUACAAGCUGUCAGUUGGACAGGAAGUGUUAAAACGUUUAGUAGUUGCCAAUAAUAGUAGCAGUAACUGGUGAGUCUAUAUUUUUUAGCCUGGUCUUGUUAAUUACAAAGAAAAUUGAUUUUGUUGGACAUUUUUGAGUAGAUAUUAGUUUCAGGACAAUGGGAUUUUCUUGUGCUGUGUGUGUUAUUUUGGUAAGCAUAGCAGCUCAAGUGUGGGCAAGUUGUUUGACAAAUGUGGAUGCUGAUAAAAGGAUUGAUUGCUAUCCGAAACCAUACGAUCAAAGCACUUGUGAAGCUAAUAAAUGUGUGUGGUGUACUGGUGAAGCAUCCAAUAUACCAACGUGUUUUAUAAAUGAAACAGAACCGUUCAAAAUCGUCCAAAUGGCAGCGAGCAACUGUCAAUCAAAAGAUAAUUGCAAAGUAAAAGUAGAUUGCCACCCGGACAUUAUAACUUACCAACCAUCUGAAGAAUUAUGCACAACCCGUGGAUGCUUAUGGUUUGGUUCUGAUGCUGCAACGAGUGAACCAAAGUGCGUCUAUUAUAACAAUAGCAUUGUUUCUGCGUUCCCCGUUUUUCCUGGAGUAUUUCCAAUAUACGAGAUAGCUUCUACUUGUACAAGCUGUGAAACGUGUACAAACAAAGUGCAAUGUCUCGCUCAUAUUCCAAGUGACCAGGUCACUGCAGAACGGUGUGUGAGGGAAGGUUGCCUAUGGUGUGAAUGCACUAAUGAAUGUAUAGUGGCGGGCACAUCAGCUCUAGCAACCCUGGGAUCACAAUGCUAUUCAUGUGACAACUGUACAGACAAUGCUUACAUGGUUGCCAGUAAUAGUGACGAUUGUAAAAAGCAUCAUGGUACAUGGUGUGAAAAGAGAGACACCAACAAACAGUGCAUAGUUCUUCAUGAUGUAUCUGAAGACGAUUGCACGAUUCGCCGUGUUGGAGAGGAAAACUGCAAGUCAUGUACCACCUGUGAGGAAAUCUUUGAUUGCUCGACUAGUGUCAACGAAACAGCGGUCACCUGCGAAUUAAAAGGGUGUUUGUGGUGUUCAAAUACUGCGAACCAAUCGACGUGCAGAUACGGGUCGAACGGAUAUACCUGUAUGAACAAAGACGUAUGCGGUGUCCAAUAUCCUCGAUACCAGGACAUUGAGUUUAAGAUAAGUAACGGACAGCGCCCCCACACGACGAAGCUUAUGGAAGUACUUUGCUACACACAGCUUGGUAUUUGGUCGGAGGAUUUUUCCAGUCGGUGCAUUUCUGCCUCUCCGCUCUACUUGGCACCACUAUUUCGAGAUAUAGAAGACAAUGCAUCUUUGGCCUAAAGGGCUACAAAUUUCUCAAAAUAUAAUAUUUGCAUAAAAUCUAAGUAAAGAAUCUAUUUCGGUGCUAAUAUUUAUAAUCGUGUUUUACUCAAGACAAUCCAAGUAUGCUGUAACACUGUCAAUUACGUUGUUUCAACGAAAAUAAAGCAAACGUUAAUCGAAA